UAUUCAGAAAGUUAUCUUUUUACUUCUCAAUCACUUUGUUAUCAAUUUCCAUUUUUCUGUUCUUCUCCAACAAAUUGUGGUAUCAGAGCCAGGUUCGAUUGGUGUUUUUGUGAAGUUGAGACCAUUGCUGAAGCAAAGGGAUCUCAAAAGUUGUAGCUAUUUUCAUCAUGGCCAGCAAUUCAAAUUCAUUGAAUUUGUCCCAAUCCUUGGUACCCAUAUUCAAUGGAGAAAACUAUGUUUUUUGGAGUAUUAAAAUGAAGACCUUUUUUGUCUCACAAGAUUUGUGGGACCUUGUGGAGAAUGGGUUUGCUGAAACCGAGAAGUCACUAGCAGCAGAGGUGAAAGAUCUUCGGAAGAAGGAUGCAAAGGCAUUGCUUGUAUUGCAGCAAGUGGUAACUGACUCAAUCUUUCCUCGGAUUGCAAAUGCCACAAAGUCAAAGGAAGCUUGGACCAUUCUGAAUCAGGAGUUUUAUGGAGAUGACAAGGUAACAAUUGUGAAACUUCAAACUCUGCGUAAAGAAUUUGAAAACUUAUGCAUGAAAGGAAGUGAGUCAGUUCAAGAUUUCAUUAGUAGAGUUUCUGUCAUUAUUAAUCAAUUGAAAACUUAUGGUGAUCAAGUUGAUGAUCGUAAAGUUGUUGAGAAGGUUUUGAGGUGUCUACCAUCUAAGUUCGAUCAUGGUGUAGCUGCUAUUGAAGAGACAAAGGAUUUCUCUGUUUAUUCUCUUAAUCAAUUGAUGGGCUCACUUUUAGCAAAUGAAGAGAGAAUGAACAGGUUUGCAGAGAAGAACAUGGAGCAAGCCUUUCAAACAAAGGUAGAGGUCUCUAGCCAGGAGAAAAAUGAUCACAGAGGCUCUACUAGUAGAGGAAGAGGUAGAGGAAGCUACCGUGGCUGUGGACGAGGCCAGGGGGGAUCAAGCUCAACUCGUCAGAAUAAUCAUAUGAUAGGUGUUAGAAGCCUUUUCCGAACUAUCGAUGAGACAGUGAAGCUGAAAGUUCGGCUUGGAGACAAUAAGCAAGUGCAAAUUGAAGGCAAGGGAAUAAUUGCAAUUAGAACCAAGUCAGGUAUCGAAAAGUUGAUUCAUGAUGUUUAUUACAUACCUAACUUGGCACAUAAUUUGCUUAGUGUGGGUCAGUUGGUAGAGAAUGGGUAUGUGGUUGAAUUUCAUGAUGGCUUGUGUGAAAUCAAGUGCAGUAAAUCUAAUAUGUCUCUUGCUAAGAUUCCCAUGGCUAAAAAUAAAAUGUUUCCACUUGAGAUCUCAUUUUUGAAUGACCUUGCACUUGUUGCAAAUGUUAAAGAUGACUCCAAGUUAUGGCAUAUGAGAUAUGGGCAUUUGCAUUUUAAUGGGUUGAAAUUGUUGAGUCAGAAAAAGAUGGUUUAUGGUUUGCCCUCUAUUAUUCCUAUUGAUGGUGUUUGUGAAGGUUGUGUUUAUGGGAAGCAGCACAGAAAUGCAUUUCCAGUUGGGACAGCAUGGAGAGCAAAGGAGCCUUUGGAGUUGAAGGCAGAAGCUCUUGAAAAAUUUCAGGAAUUCAAAGCCUUUGCAGAGAAAGAAUGUGGCCAUCAAAUAAAAAUUCUUCGAACCGAUAGGGGAGGAGAAUUUUUAUCUAAUGAGUUCGUUGUGGAGAUGGCAAGAAGCAUGUUGAAUGAGAAGAAACUUCCACAAACCUUCUGGGCUGAAGCAGUUGCUACUGCUGUUCAUAUUCUCAACAUUUCUCCAACAAAGGCAGUGCGAAAUAUGACUGCAUAUGAAGCAUGUUAUGAGUCCAAGGGUUAUCGUUUGUAUAAUCCUAUUACUAAGAAGCUGAUUAUUCGUAGAGAUGUUGUUUUUGAUGAGAACAAUGCAUGGGAGUGGAAUGAAGGAAAGAUUCAGCACUUGUCAUAUGAAGAAAGUGAAUCCAGUGAGCCACAAGCAGAGGAGACGGAAGUUGGCCAACAAUCUUCUCCUACACUAAGUUCUCCAACAAUGUCACCACAAUCUACUCCAACUCCUCAACCUCGAAGGAUGUUCACUAGAAGCAUGUCUGGUGCCAUUCUUAGGAAGGAAAAACCUUGGGAGCAAGUUUAUGACCUAGAUACUUAUGCACUUCUGGUGGCAGAACCUACUUGCUAUGAUAAACCAGAAGGGAGGACUCCAAUUGGUGUGAAGUGGGUCUAUCGAGUGAAGUAUAAAGCAGAUGGGAGUGUGCAAAAAUACAAGGCAAGACUUGUGGCCAAAGGCUAUGUGCAGAAACAUGAUGUCUAUGUUGAGCAGCCUGAAGGAUUCAUUGUUCAAGGCAAAGAAGAAAAGAAUUGCAAGAUGUCUGCUACUCCUAUGAAUACAAAUGAGAAGUUGACAGUAGAUGAUGGAACUCCAAGAGCUAAUGAGAAGUAUUUUAGAAGUAUGGUUGGCGGAUUAAUGUAUUUGACUCACACUAGACAUGAUAUCAUGUUCUCAAUUAGCUUGGUUUCAAGGUUCAUGCAUAAUCCCUCUGUGCAUCAUCUUGGAACAGCAAAACGAAUUCUCUGUUACAUCCGAGCAACAAGCAACUUUGGAAUUUGGUACAAGCCAGUGCCUAACUUUAAAUUGCUUGGUUUUACUGAUAGUGAUUGGGCAAGUUCUGUAGAUGACAGAAAAAACACAAGCGGAUAUAUAUUUAAUCUUGGCUCGGGUGCUGUAUCUUGGAGUUCAAAAAAGCAAGAAUGCACUGCAUUAUCUUCCUCUGGAGCAGAAUAUGUUGCUGCUACAUCAGCUGCUUGUCAAGCAAUUUGGAUGCAAAGGAUUAUGAAAGAUUUGCAACAAGUUCAAGAGAAGGCAACAAAGAUCUUCUGUGACAACAAAGCAACAAUUUUAAUAACCAAGAAUCCAGUGUUUCAUGGAAGAACAAAACAUAUUGAGCUGCGUCAUCACUUUAUCCGAGCCUUAGCUAAUGCUGGAAUCAAAGUCUCCUUCGUAUCAACCCCAAGAAACAUCCAAAGACUCCCCAGAGUUCCUCCAACAUUAAGACCUCUUAUCCAUUUCGUUGAUUUUCCGUUGCCAGCUUUAGAAGAUGACCUCUUACCCCAAGGUGCGGAGGCCACCGUGGAUAUCCCCUUUGAGAAAAUCCAGUAUCUCAAACUUAAACACGACCUCCUUCGCCACCCUUUCAAGAAGUUCAUCUCAGAGCAGCAACCAGACUGGAUAAUCUACGAUAAUAUCCCUUGUUGGGCAGCUGAAAUCGCAAAAGAGCACCAUGUCCCUCCAAUCUAUUUCUCAGUUUUCUCUGCUUCUACAUAUGUUUUCCUUGGGCCUCCAGAAGUCUUGGCUGCUGAGGAACCAAAAAGAAUCAGAACUUCUCCUGAAAGUCUUACCUCUCCUCCUGAGUGGGUGACUUUUCCUUCCUCAUUAGCUUACAAGAGUUUUAGGGCUACAGUUGUAUAUGAGGCCGUCUAUGGAGGAAAUGCUUCCAGACUAAUGGACGGGGAGAGGAUUGCUAAAUCUUUGAGUGCAUGUCAACUUUUGGCGAUUCGUAGCUGCCCUGAGUAUGAAGGUGAGUACUUAAAUCUACUAGAGAACAUUAUGAAGAAACCGGUGCUUCCUAUAGGCCUACUUCCACCACAGAAACUAGAAAGAAGAAGAUCAAGCGAGGAGAAGGAAUGGAUUGAAAUCUUUGACUGGCUCGACAAGCAAAAGCCCAAGUCAGUGGUGUUCGUGCGGUUUGGAAGUGAGUGCAAGCUGAGCAAAGAACAAGUUCAUGAAAUAGCACAUGGGUUGGAGCUAUCAGAGUUGCCAUUUCUGUGGGCACUUAGGAAGCCAGAUUGGGCUGAUGGUGAUCAUGAUGCUCUGCCUCCAGGCUUUUCUGAUCGUACACAUGACAGAGGAGUGGUGCAGUUCGGGUGGGCGCCACGGUCCGAGAUCUUGGGUCACACAUCAAUUGGUGGCUCUCUGUUUCACUCUGGAUGGGGAUCUGUCAUAGAAACACUACAGUUUGGGUACUCUCUGAUUUUACUACCAUUUAUCAUAGAUCAACCCUUGAAUGCUAGGGUCUUGGUGGACAAAGGUUUGGCUGUGGAAGUAGAGAGGAGAGAGGAUGGAUCUUUCAGCAGGGAAGGUGUUGCCCAAGCUUUGAGACUUGCCAUGGUGUGUGAGGAAGGAGAGAGACUGAGGAUCAAAGCUCGAGAAGCAGAGAGGGUCUUUGGGGACCUGGAGCUUCAUGAUAGUCACCUUGAUCGAUUUGUUGAAUAUCUGAAGAAAGGAGUUAAAGAACAGAGAAAAUAAUUAUUCUUUAUAGUUUUAUUUUGCUUAGAAGCUAAUAAGGUUUCCUAUUGAUU